ACAGCACGGAACCGUUUCAGCUCAACACCGAUAACUAAUGAUGACAGAGAUUCCGUGAUCAGACGACACUACUGACUACAAUAGAAUAGAAUAGAAUAGAAUAGAAUAGAAUAGAAUAGAAUCCUGACAGGUCUGCGAGUAUUGUGGAAAUAUUGCGGAUCCUAAACAGGGGAGCACGGAUGUCCUCUGUGGAUUAAAACUCAAUUAACGGCACAAUGAAGGAGAAAUCAAAGACAGCGGCGAGGACGCGACGCGAGAAGGAGAACAGCGAGUUUUACGAGCUCGCCAAAAUGUUGCCGUUACCGUCAGCCAUCACGUCUCAGCUGGACAAAGCGUCGAUCAUCCGACUGACCUGCAGUUACCUGAAGAUGCGUGUGGUGUUCCCGCAAGGUCUGGGGGAGGCGUGGGGUCAAGUGGGUCGAAUCAGAUCUUUAGGUAACACGGGCCAUGAUCUCGGAUCACAUUUACUGCAGGUAAUAAUCAGCAAGAUGCUCCAGACGUUAGACGGGUUUAUUUUUGUGGUCGCUGCAGAUGGAAAGAUCAUGUACAUUUCUGAGACGGCGUCAGUUCACUUAGGCCUCUCACAGGUAGAGUUGACUGGGAACAGUAUUUAUGAAUAUGUUCAUCCAGCCGAUCAUGAUGAGAUGGCCGCGGUUCUCACACCACAACCGUCAUACCACUCUCACUUUGUUCAAGAGUAUGAAGUUGAACGGUCAUUCUUCUUGAGAAUGAAAUGUGUUUUGGCUAAACGGAACGCAGGACUGACGAGUGGAGGAUAUAAGGUUAUCCACUGCAGCGGGUAUCUAAAGGUCAAGCAGUUCAGUUUGGAUGCAUCGCCGUUUGACGGCUGUUAUCAGAACGUGGGUUUGGUCGCAGUGGGACACACGUUACCGCCCAGCGCCAUCACAGAGAUCAAACUGCACAGCAACAUGUUCAUGUUCAGGGCCAGUCUGGAUAUGAAGCUCAUUUUUCUGGACUCAGGGGUUUCAGAGCUGACAGGAUAUGAGCCACAGGACCUGAUUGAGAAAACCCUGUACCAUCAUGUGCACUGCUGCGACACCUUCCACCUGCGCUGCGCUCAUCAUCUCUUACUAGUUAAAGGGCAAGUCACCACUAAGUAUUAUCGUUUCCUGUCUAAGCAUGGUGGAUGGGUUUGGGUCCAGAGUUACGCUACAAUUGUACACAACAGUCGCUCUUCUCGGCCACACUGCAUCGUCAGCGUCAAUUAUGUCCUCACGGAUACAGAAUAUAAGGGAAUGGUGCUGUCUUUGGACCAGUUGAAUCCCAGUAAACCUGCAUUCCCUUACAGCCCUAAUAGUGACCGAGAAGACCAACUGAAGGACAAACUAAAAGUGUCGAACACCAGGAGUAAAAUCUUGGUUUCUCCUUAUCCACAGCAAUUCUCAGCCUUCCACCAUGAUCGCUCAGAAUCCGACCAUGAUAAUCAAUGGGGUGGCAGCCCUCUGACAGGCUCCGCUUCUCCACAGCGAUUGGAUCAGAGCGAGGUGUCAGAAACCGUUUGCGCUUACAGACAAUUUCCCAAGUCCAGUUCGCUGUGUUACAGCCUUUCUCAGGGUGAAAUGAUGCAUAGCUGUCAGCAAACACACACACACACUGCGCUGUGUGACCCGCAUCCCGCUCGCUGUCAGGGCAGGCAAUAUGUCCUGGGCGUACUGGAGCAGAGCGGGCGAGAGUGCUGGUGGGAUGCCAUGCGUUCUGUUUCGGCUCUUACAAAAGCAACACAACACAACAGAAGGGAGUUUGACAUCAGAACAUACCAUCAAUCUCACGCUCACUCGGACGAUAAGCAAAUGGUUGGUUCUCCAGAAGAAGGGUCAUUGGGUGAUUCUGGAGACAGUUGCCAUGACAACAGGACGUUUCACGCGAGUCCGUGGGUGUCCAAUAAGAUUAAAGUGGAGGACGGCAGAAUGACGGACCACCCCUCUGCCGUCCUCUUCUCCUCGGCUCCCGGUGUGGUCUGCCGAGCUCCCGGCGCCCACCUCAUCCUGUGUCGAGAUGCCAUGGCAACAGAUUCCCAUGAUGAUAAGGAUGGAAGCCCCAUCUCUCUCUCUGGUCUGAGCAGUCCGGGGUCGGAGAGACUGUCUCACGAGUACCAGGGGCCGCUGUCGGUCUCUCCACACACGGGCGUCCAGGCGCAGGGCAGCCCACUGCUGUAUCAUGACCAAGACAGGGAGCCCGCUGCUGGGCACGCUCACUCAGGCCGACCCUUCGCCGGAUGCAGCCUGGAGCCUCUCAAUGGGGCAAAAAGCUUGAGGGGUUUUCCCGCUCAUUAUGAUGUGAACUCACAUGUACAUUUACAGACAAACGCCACGCACGCCCACAACGGUACAUCAGUCAUUAUCAGCAAUGGCAGCUGACUGGAACACAGUUCCAUACUACUCUUGAUGCAGUAUAUGCAAAUUUUGUAUAUGCAUGGAAUAUCCAAAUGACCUUCUACAUUUACUACUACUGCCAAAAGUUACAAAAUUUUUACACAAAAUUGGAUUUAAAAUUAAAAAUAACCAUUUUUAGUUGCAAAAUGAUAAUGAUGAGGUCAUGUGAAAUACAAGGGCAUGUGGCAACAAUGUUGCAAACUACUGUUUGGUAGGUUUAUAAUGGAAUAAUGCCUAAUGUUUCACUUACUAUUUAAAAAAAGAAACACUAGGCAGUAUGCAGUAUAUACUGCACACUAUUCAGUAAGUAGUAAGCUAGUAUUCCAUUCUGAACACAACUCAUGUUUCUGUGGCUACAGAAGGUUUUCAUCUGCUUGAUGCUGGAGAAUAACUGUUCUGUUUAAAAACUGAAAUAAACAUCACAAAACUAAUGAAAAAAAAAA